AUAUUUUGGUUCAUUUCCUUUAAAAAGAUAAAAUUAUUCUCUCGAAUCCUUUCCUUUUACCAUCAUCUUCUUCUUCCCUGCUCUUCAUCAUCAGCUAAUAUUCUUUUGUAAAGCUCUGUUUUUUUUUCUGUCUUGUUUAUAAUAAUAAACAGAGGGGAACCCCCUAAAUUAAGAUAUCUCCCAUUCAAAGCUUUCUCUCAUUUCACUAAUUUUGGAGAGGGAAACAACAACAAAAAAAAAAGUCUUUGUCUUUUCAUUUUCUGAUCCAUUUCCUUUGGUUUUAUGAUCUGUUCAAGUAAAAGGAACAAUCUUUAAUCUCUGCUAGAUAUUAAGAAAAGACUCAAAUUCAAUCCACAGAUUACUACGCGAAUCGGAUUCGUGUCAAAGCUUUCCUACGAUCAUCUUCAUCGUCACCGUCAAUGGCGGUGGAAACAAUGUCGAUAGGAUCAGAUUCUUCAUCAUCAACUUUGAUUCUAACAUCAGGAGCAAGCGGUCGCGUUAGGGUACUCUUCUCCAUGCGUGAGCUCAAGCGUCUCGUCUCGUUCAUCCAAUCUCUUAUCCUCUUCCUUCUCCUUCCUUUUCGCGUCGUCGUUUGGCGCCGGAGAACCACGGUGGUCAUCAGAGACGAUAAGCAGCAGGAGAGGAAAGUCUGGUCUCCUCCUCAGAUCGUCGUCAGGAAGAGGAACAUCGGUGGCGAAUCCGGUGGUGCGAGCGUCUCCGUCUCGCCUCCUUCGGUCCCUGCGGCUGUGGUCGAUGAGGAGGUUGCGGCUAGACGAGAGCUCGCGAUUAGACGAGUUUUGGAGGAUGAAGGCGGCGAUGGAAGCUCCUCCUCCGUCAGAGAUUUCUCGCUCUUCACGACGAAGAGAGGUGAUACGUUGUUUACUCAGUCUUGGUCUCCUCUUUCCCCUAAUCACAGGGGACUUGUUGUUCUGCUACAUGGACUGAACGAGCAUAGUGGCAGGUAUAAUGAUUUUGCAAAGCAGCUAAAUGCUAAUGGGUUCAAGGUCUAUGGAAUUGACUGGAUCGGUCAUGGUGGAAGUGAUGGACUUCAUGCUUACGUUCCUUCCCUUGAUUACGCUGUUGCAGAUUUGAAAUCAUUUCUGGAUAAGGUAUUUGCAGAGAAUCCAGAGGUCCCCUGUUUCUGCAUUGGACACUCAACAGGAGGAGCAAUCAUCCUCAAGGCUAUGAUGGAUCCAAAGAUUGAAUCUCGAGUUUCAGGCAUUGUAUUGACUUCACCAGCUGUUGGAGUCCAACCAUCCCAUCCAAUUUUCACAGUUCUUGCUCCAAUCAUGGCGUUCCUCCUUCCCCGGUACCAAAUAAGUGCAGCUAACAAGAAAGGAAUGCCAGUUUCUCGUGACCCCGCAGCUCUCGUUGCCAAAUAUUCUGACCCGUUAGUCUUCACGGGAUCCAUCAGGGUUAAAACCGGGUACGAGAUCCUUAGAAUCACUGCUCACUUGCAACAGAACCUGAACAAAGUGAAAGUUCCUUUUCUUGUGAUGCAUGGAACAGACGAUACAGUGACCGAACCCAAAGCCUCAAAGAAGCUGUACGAGGAAGCUUCCUCGUCAGACAAAUCAAUCAAGCUCUAUGAUGGUUUGUUGCAUGAUCUUCUCUUUGAACCUGAGCGAGAAAUCAUCGCUGGAGCAAUUUUAGAUUGGCUGAACCAGCGGGUUUAGCUCGUUCAAACCAACAAUUACUAUCUCAACAUCGAAUCAAGAAAUAAAAGAUUGUGCAGCAUUUCUUUGAUUCAGACAAGAAUAAUUUAUUUCUCGGCAUUUUCUGAGUUACUUAUUGACUGAGAGAAAAGAGAGAAAGAAAAAGAAAAAAAGUUGUUCUUGGUUGAUUCAGUAACUUCUUGGUUGAUUUUUCUCAACCCAGAGGUCAGAAAGAAGAUAGAGGAAAGGAGUCCAGUGGACUCUCUUGCUAUGCUUCUUGUCGUCGGUAAUGUAUUGUCAUAAAAUCAAUAAUUUUGUAACCUCGGAUUUUAUAAUUAUCUUAUAUCUACAUUCUGUACCUGUAAUAGUAAUACCGAUUGUUAUAUGAAAUCUUCAAGUAA